AAAUAUUUUUUGGCAUGGCUACCACUGCAGGAACGAAAUAUUUCAUAUUCUUAUAUGAAAAUUGUAACCGACGAUCAGGCAAAGCGUAGUGAGAAAGGCGAAGAAUACGUACUUUGCAAUGGCAUGCUUUCUUACGAUCUGAAUAUGCAAGGGUCAGAUGUCAACAGAUCGGUGUACCAAGCGAAGCCGAUUUCUACGACAGGCUCUAAACUCGAAGGCGACUAUUUGAAUAUUAUUCUCCUAGUUUUCCUUUAUAUUCUACAGGGCGUGCCUUUGGGACUGACCGCCAGUAUUCCGCUGAUCUUACAAAAUCGGCAUGUAAGCUAUAAGCAGCAGGCUGCUUUCAGUUUUGCAUACUGGCCAUUUAGUCUGAAGCUGCUAUGGGCCCCUUUAGUCGACGCAUGGUACUCGAAGAGGUUCGGUCGAAGGCGAACAUGGCUGAUUCCCACUCAGUAUUUGAUAGGUCUCUUUCUGUUGCUCUUAUCACAUUACGUUACGGGAAUUCUUGGGGACGAUAAUGACCCGAAGCCAAACGUUUUUAUUCUGACCGCAUUCUUUUUCAUGCUUAACUUUUUGGCUUCCACCCAAGACAUUGCCGUUGAUGGCUGGGCGUUGACCAUGUUGUCCAAGCGUAACGUUGGCCACGCGUCGACGUGCAACUCGAUUGGGCAGACGGCCGGCUAUUUUCUGGGUAACGUAGUGUUUCUGGCUUUGGAAUCGACCGAAUUCUGCAACAAUUACCUCAGGUUCACUCCGUCCGACCGCGGCAUCGUCACCAUGUCCGAAUAUGUCUACUUCUGGGCGAUCGUGUUCGUCGUGUCCACCACGAUGGUGAUGUUGUUGAAGAAAGAAGGUGAGUCAAGCGGCGAGAUCGGCGGUGGUGGCAACCAUGAUACGGGUGAUCUCAACGUGUUGAACACUUACAAGUGGCUGUGGCGAGUCAUUCGACUGAAGCCCGUACUGAUUUUGAUGUUUGUUCACCUCACUGCCAAGGUAAGUUCUUGUCUCGGUAUUUAUUUGCCUUUCAAGUGUGCGGAUCAGUGUUUGGGCGUCAUCAGUUAUUCUUCGCGAGGUUUGGUGCCCAGAAUGGAAUGCCAGACGAUCACUUACCAAAUUGGUAGGAGGAAGUAA